AUGGCGAAUGUAAAUGUUAUAUCUCGUUUAGUUGGUUUAAAACUACGUAUAAAGCAGAAAACCAAACCAAAAACUAUCGAAAGAAAUCAAAAUGACCUAGUGCUAAGUUGGGACAAUUUUUUUGAGUGUGAUACUAACACUGACAAGUUUAUUUUGCAAAUAAAAAAUAAUAUAAAAGAAUGGGUAACAAUUUAUUGGGGUCCUAAAACUAGAUUUAGAGUUGAAAAUUUAGAACCAUGUAAUUGUUAUGACUUUCGAUUAAAAUUACAAAGCGACACCACUAACGACUGGUACCAAUUUAGGGGGGCUACCAGUGAAGGACCCUAUUUGGUAAUGCACAUGAGUAGGGCUAUUAAAUUGGGUAAUUCUACUGCCGUGAGGAAAAUAAUUCAAACUUGCCCACAUUUGUUGGAAACUGAAAAUAAGGAACACAAAACUCCAUUGAUACAAGCUAUAGAAAAUUGGGAUCUACAGAUGGUUCACUUCCUUCAUAGUUUAGGAGUUAAUGUGAAUAAAAGACUAUUUUACAGUAAAAGGACGCCUUUAAUGGUCGCAAUCAGUAAGGGUUACCUGCAAAUAGCACAAUUUCUUAUUAAUAAAAGAGCAGAUAUACAUUGUGUUGAUAUAAAUGGAUUAAAUAUAUUACAUUACGCAGUUGAUUCAAAUAACAUCGACAACGUAAUAUUUGUCUUAAAAUCUGGCGUUAAUAUCAAUUUACAAGACAGAAGUGGAUGGACUCCAUUAAUGAGAGCUGUAAUAUUGCAGAGUUCUGAGGAAAUUAUUAACAUGUUGUUGGAAAAUGGGGCUGAAGUAAAUAUUCAUGACAACAAUGGAUUUACAUAUGAAAAACUUCGAAAUCUGUAAAUAUGUAUAAUAAUAAGAAAUAAACAAUUACGAGUUUUUAAAAAUAA